GCCAUAGAGAUGGUGGGGCGGGCAGUUCCAAGGCUGGCGGUGCGGGUGCGGGACGGGGCAGGACACCAGUAUGCGAAACACCCACCAGCAGCUGAGCAGGACCACUUCGGCGAGACCAGGGCAGGACACGCGGCUCCAGGCUCCAGGGACAACCAUAGGGCUGCUCAAGUUUCUGUCAGACACCCCCCAGGCUGAGCAGGGGAAGACCGGGAGUGGUGAUGGUGUGAUUCGGGGCCAGCAGCCAAGGUCUCGGAGCGCAGGGCAGACGACAAAGAAGGACCGGAGGCCGCAGGCCCGGGACAAGAAAGGGCACGGCUCUGCUGAGGCUGAAGAUCUCGUCCCUUCUUCUCCUCGGAAACCCUCCUUCCCCUUCCAAUGGGCCUGGGAGAGCUUCACCACUGACAGCCGGGCUCUGCAUCAGCCUAGCCCCUUCUCGGUCCCUGGCUACCAAGUUACGUCCUUGCCUCACGCACUUCUCAAGUAUAAGACCAGGUGCAAGUCCACGGCCACCCUCCCAGAGGCCCAAGGCUUCUGCUGGAAGACAGAAGUGCCAAACCUGGAGAGGAGCCAGCAGCUCAGGGCCCGCGGUGGCAGCCCCAUCUCCUCCGGCAAAGGGAAGAGCCAAGAACUGGAAGGGCUCAGUGAAUGGGACCUCCAGCCACCUGGGAAGAGGUCAGGGUCAGGAUCCGAGUCUGAGGAAGGCAUUGAGCUGGAAGCCCUGGGUGUUGAGGAGGCAGAGAGGGGCUUGAGCCUCGGGGAACUGCCCUACCUCCUCAGGAGAGGGUCGAUCUUAGAAGAUGAGCGGUUUGCAGAGGUGACAGAGGAGGCUGAGGAGGGGGAGCACAGGGCCCCCUACAGAAGGAGGGCUGGUUCUCAGAGAAAGGGGCCCAACAUUUGCAAGGAGGCCUCCAGUGAGGGUGACCUGCAGGGCAAGGGGAACAGCUCGAGCUCCAACCUCAGAGGAUCACAGAGGAGGAAGUCAAGGGCCAAGGACCUGGAGGGGCCGUGGGACCUGGAGAAGCUGCAGAGGCAGUUACAGCAAGACUUGGACUGUGGCCCUGAAAAGCAGCCCUGGAAGGCUCUGCGGACUGCUGUCCAGGCCUCCAAUCGGAGUGGGAAGACCUAUGCCUUGGAAGAUGAAGAGACUUUCCUGUUUGCCAACUUUCCCAACCGUACCUUCCACAAACGACAGGAGGCCACAAGAAGCCUGCUGCAGGCCUGGGAGCGGCAGCAGCAGGAGGAGCGGCAGCAGGCCGAGCUGCGGAGGGCCCGGGAGCAGCGGGUCCAGCAGCAGGUGGCUCGCUGCCUGGCGGCCUAUGCGCCCAGAGGGAGCCGGGGGCCGGGGGCCACCCAGCGCAAGCUGGAGGAGCUGAGGCGGCAGGAGCGACAGCGCUUUGCUCAGUAUCAGGCAGAGCUGCGAGGCAUCCAGCACAGGGUGCAGGCCCGGCCCUACCUGUUCCAGCAGGCCAUGCAGGUCAACGCCCGGCUCUCGGUCACCCGGCGCUUCUCCCAGGUGCUGUCAGCACUGGGACUGGAUGAGGAGCAGCUGCUGGCUGAGGCAGGAAAGGGGGACAGAGAGGGCACCUCCAGGAAACCCAGGAGCCACAGGUCAAUGGGGGCGAGAAUGGAGCACUCUUUUGAGAGUCCUCCAAAGACAGAGCGCACUGGAAGCCAGCCUGACAGGCACUCCACUCCAAGCCCAAACCAAGAGUCCAGCCCCUAAGAAAACAAUUAAAUGCUUUAUGGAAAAUACCGCGUGUAAUUUCUGGUGCUGCUGGGAGAGGCUGCAGGUUGGGAGCGGGAGGUAGCAGGUGGGCAGCGGGCUUAGCUUGUCCCAUCACCCAGGAGUGCGGUUCCGGAGCUGCUCCUGAGGGGGUCAUCUCACACAGCAACAGCCACAACUCCUCUACCCCCUUUUCCACCAUAUAAGCUGGGUCCUAGGAAUUGGAGAGUGAACACAGGACCUAAUGGCCUCUGUCUUUGAGAACUGGGGCGGGUUGGGGGUGAAGUUUGGACCUUUAAAGGGGUGCAUACCUCACACUGUAACAGAUGGGUUGCACAGGGGCCUCCAGACCUAGCAACUGUGGGGGUAUGAGGAGGGAUUAUGUGAAUUGGGAUUUUGACUUUUAAGUAACUUCAUGUUAGAACCCCCCCCCCCCAGGGGGAUAGGCAGCUCACAUACACAGAUGUGCUGAAUUUUCUACUCAGUUUCAGGACGUGCAGAAUACAGAGUUAAAAACCUAAUGCAGGGCGGGGGCUGCCUGGGUGUGGCAGUCAGUUAAAAAUCCCACUCUUGGUUUUGGCUCCGGUCGUGAUGUCAGGGUCCAGCUCCGGGCUUCUCUCCCUCUCCCUGUCCCUCCGGCUCGUGCACGCUCUCAAAUAAAUAGCCCCCCCCCCAAAAAAAAUCCAAUAAAGGAGGGAGGGUGUUUGCUGACAGUACUGGUUGUAGGGGCUCGGAGGCUGGCCCGUAGAGCGGCAGUCUGGGGGGAGGGUCUCAAAACAUAAAUGUCGCACACCCAAUGGAGCCACGACCCAGGGGAGACCACUACGAGGACGCCUACGGGAGCGGCAGGUGCCGUCCACAGCA